CGGCGCCUCAGGCCGCCCGCCCGCCUCAGGCCCGACGCGGUGCGCGACACGUUGCGAGAGGCGUUGCGGGACGGAGGUGACCUCCCCUCGGCCCUCAUGGUGUCCGUGUCCCCGGAGGUGAGGACUGGACCGGCCCCGAUACCCGAAAAGGUGAUGAGCAGUUCACCUGGUUGGAUCUUCAGUGGAUCCUCCUUAGCAUCUCAGGUUCAUGCUGCUGCGGUUAAUGGAGACAAGGGCGCUCUUCAAAAGCUGAUUGCGGGGACCCCUGCUUUGAAAGAUAAAGAGGACCAGUUUGGGAGGACCCCACUCAUGUAUUGUGUGCUGGCCGACAGAGGGGAUUGUGCCCAGGUCCUCCUCAAGGCAGGAGCAGAUGUGAACAAGGCCGACCACAGCCAGAGAACAGCCCUCCAUCUUGCUGCGCAAAAGGGUAAUUAUCGCUUCAUGAAACUCUUACUCACGCGUCGUGCAAAUUGGAUGAAAAAGGACCUAGAAUCCAUGACUCCACUGCACCUGUCCACCCGGCAUAAGAGUCCUAAAUGUUUGGCUCUUCUGUUGAAGUUCAUGGCCCCCGGAGAAGUGGACACACAGGACAAGAAUAAGCAAACUGCUCUGCAUUGGAGCGCCUACUACAACAACCCGGAGCACGUGAAGCUCCUCAUAAAGCACGACUCGAACAUCGGGAUCCCAGACAUCGAAGGCAAGAUCCCCCUUCAUUGGGCAGCCAACCACAAAGAUCCCAGCGCCAUCCACACAGUCCGGUGUAUCCUGGAUGCCGCUCCGACGGAAUCGUUACUGAACUGGCAGGAUUAUGGAGGCCGCACAGCCCUUCAUUUUGCUGUUGCUGAUGGGAACUUGGCCGUCGUGGAUGUCCUGACUUCCUACGGGACCUGCAAUGUGACCCCAUAUGAUAACUUGUUUCGGACCCCUCUUCACUGGGCAGCUCUACUCGGUCACACCCAAAUUGUCCAUCUCCUUUUGGAAAGAAACAAAUUUGGAACCAUCCCGUCAGACAGCCAAGGAGCCACCCCGCUGCACUAUGCAACCCAGAGCAAUUUUGCGGAAACAGUGGAAGUGUUUUUGAAACAUCCUUCUGUGAAAGAUGAUUCAGACCUCGAGGGACGAACAUCUUUUAUGUGGGCAGCUGGGAAAGGCAGCGAUGAUGUCCUUAGGACCAUGCUCAGUUUGAAACUGGACAUUGACAUCAACAUGGCCGACAAAUAUGGAGGCACAGCUCUACAUGCCGCUGCCCUGUCGGGCCACGUCAGCACCGUGAAAUUAUUAUUGGACCAUAACGCCCAGGUGGACGCUACUGAUGUCAUGAAACACACUCCCCUCUUCCGAGCAUGUGAAAUGGGGCACAAAGAUGUGAUUCAGACGCUCAUUAAAGGUGGGGCAAGAGUGGAUCUCGUGGACCAAGAUGGCCAUUCUCCUCUCCACUGGGCAGCCCUGGGGGGGAAUGCUGACGUUUGCCAAAUAUUGAUUGAAAAUAAAAUCAACCCCAACGUGCAGGAUUAUGCAGGAAGGACCCCCCUGCAGUGCGCUGCCUACGGAGGCUACAUACACUGCAUGGCAGUGCUCAUGGAAAACAGCGCCGACCCCAACAUCCAGGACAAGGAGGGAAGAACAGCUUUACAUUGGUCCUGUAACAAUGGUUACCUUGACGCUAUCAAGUUGCUGCUGGAUUUUGCCGCUUUUCUUAAUCAUAUGGAAAAUAAUGAAGAGAGGUACACGCCCCUGGACUACGCUCUGCUUGGAGAGCACCAUGAAGUCAUCCAGUAUAUGCUGGAGCACGGGGCCCUGUCCAUCGCCGCCAUACAAGACAUUGCCGCCUUCAAGAUUCAGGCCGUGUACAAAGGGUACAAGGUCAGGAAAGCUUUCCAAGACCGAAAAAAUCUUCUAAUGAAGCACGAACAGUUGAGGAGGGAUGCUGCAAACAAAAAACGGGAGGAGGAAAACAAGAGGAAGCAUCAGGGACCGUCCAGCCCGGUCGCCUGCCCCGCCCCGGCCAACGCAGAGACGGAGGCCCGAACCCGCGAGGCUCCCCGGCUGCCCGGCGGACCGGAAGCUGCCCCCGGCCCCCCGGCCCGGGAGAGCCGCGGGGAAUCCCCCGGCGUUCCCGGGGGCACCACCGCCGGGCGGGAGCGAGGUCUCUCCCCGGAGCCCCGGGGAGCCGAUCGUCGAAAGAAAAAGGAAACAUUCGGAAAAUUAUCCCAGAGCAAAUAUCCCUGCAUCCACUUCGCUGCCAAGGAAGGGGUUGAGGAAGACAAGCCACGGCCUAUCACUGCUGCUUCUGUGAGCGAGGGGGACAGGGGGAGAGGGCAGCAGACCCUUGGGGGAAGCGGCACCCUCGCCCAGGGCAACCCCCGGCGUGACCCCGACUGCCGGACAGCCAGACGCAGGGACGCCACGGAAGACCAAAGAGCAGCGAACCCGCCGGGAGGAAGGACAAAACGCUUUCCCGAUCCCGGCUGGCCAGACGGAGGCUCCGGGCCCCCCGCGCGGCCUGAGCUACCGGCGAAGGGAAAAUCCAGCCGGCCCAAAGGCAGAAGCAAAGAGUUACAGGGAGGGAGGUGCUCCCCGGCCGGCUCCAGCAGGCCCGGAAGUGCCAAGCUGGGGGUCGUCGACACGAGGAGCGACGGCGCACGGGACGGUGUCCAAAGGAGCAAGCUGGCAGCUGGUGAGUGUCCCGGAAGGGUGGGGCCCCCGCCAGCCACGGCGGCGAGCCCCAAACAGGGCACACCAGCCCCUUGUCCUCUGCCAGCUGUCGGCCCCGCCCCGGCCGGGGCCCCGUCCGCCACCCCCCCGGGCCAGGGGGUGAAUAUCGAGCUCAUCCCCUUGGAGAGGCGCCUGCAGAUCAUCGAAAAGGAGAGGACCAGGAAGGAGCUCUUCCAGAAAAAGAACCGCGCCGCCACAGCCAUCCAGAGAGCAUGGAGGAGGUACCGGCUCCGCCGGCAACUGUCCCGGUCCCUCGGCGCCCAGCCGCCGCGCAAGGAAGACGAAGACGGGUGGAGACGAGAGACGGCCGCCUUGUUCCUCCAGGUUGCUUGGAAGAAGGAGCUGAACCGCGGUCCCCCGCAGUCGGGGCCGACGGGUGCAAACCCAAACCCCAGAAGCCGGAGCGGCUCGGCCGUCAAGCCCAGCAGACAGUCGGUGCUCAAGCAGAUUUACGGAUGCAAGCAGGAAGGAAAACUCCAUCACCCCUCAAAAGCUUCAAAACCCAAACUCCUGGCUGCUCAGCAGGUUCCAGUGAACAACCUGCGGAACAUUCACUUGCUUGAGGACACGGGAAAAUCCCAGAGCUUUUCCUACAACAUGAGACCGGCCACGGCCGUGAAAGGCAGAAGAGCCAAAGCCCCAUCGCUGCGGGAGAAAGAGUGACGUCUUCCUGGGAAAACCGCGUUUCGUAGGAGAAGUUUGGAUUUAGGGCAGAAUGCAGUGCUUAGUACAGUGCCUGGCACAAAGUAAGUGCUUAAGAAACACCAUCAUUCAAGUGCAAUAUGGAAAAGUAGUGCUCACUUAGACUGGGAGCCCCAUGUGGGACAGGGACGGUGUCCCCAUUACCUUGUAUCUACUCCAGGGUUUAGUACGGUGUUCGGCCCAUAGACAUAAUAUUUCUAGGCCGCAGAUGGCGGGGGGGGGGGGGGCGGGGAGGAGAAGCAGCAGUUUCAGCCACGAAUCAGCACCAUUUCCCCCUUAAAUUUCACUCAGAACCCUGAAUGUUACCAUUCACGGCAUUCUCGCUUCUUGCUGGAAAAUAUUAAUCUCCCCGACGAGCGGCUCCCCAAACCUUGGCGUCCUGGAGCUAGCUCUUCGAGGACAGUGGAGUGUUCUGUUUUUCCCUUGACAAACCACAGCAUAUAGUAUACCUAAAAUUUCUAGAGUGCAGGCCAGAUAUUUAUUUUCUGUAAAACUUUCCUUUUUUUGGUCACCUCACCCUGUAAAGGCUCCCCCAUUGGCUGAGGCAGAAAAGGCCGUUAACGGUUCACAUAGGACAGAAAGUUUGAGCUGAGGAAGAGCUGGCUGUGCUGAUUUCAGCUGUUAAAUACAAAAUGGUUGAGAAGCCCCCAGGAGCGCAUCACUGAGCAGCGAGGCCAGCUCAGUGUACUGCACCAAGGGGGUGCUCAGUAAAUGCCAGUAUUUACCGCUGGGCGACCACAGCCAGGUGAGGCGAACCUACAGAGCCCGUGUGUCUUGCCGCUCCAGGGGCCCCUGCUGGGAUUUGUGCCCCUGGCUUCCACACUCCACCAAGGUGGAGAGUGAACUGCACCCAAGUUUUCUGAGAAAACAUCAGCUUAGGCUCUGUAAGCUCCUCGUGGGCAGGGAUCCUGCCUUCCUACCCUGUUGUACCCCACGAGCGCUUUAGCACAAUGUUCUCUACGCAGGCCCUCAAUAAAUACCAUUGUUUGGCCCGUC